AUGGAUGGUUACAGUGGAUACAACCAUAUAAAGAUGUUUGAACAUGAUGCUGCCAAGACCGCGUUUCGCACUCUCAUUGGGAAUUUUCUCUACACUGUGAUGCCCUUUGGAUUUAAGAAUACAGGUGCUACCUACCAACGAUCCAUGAAAACAAUAUUUCAUGAUGUGAUGCAUAAGCAAGUAGAAGACUAUGUCGACGACGUUGUGGUGAAAUCGAAAGCCCGAGCAUCGUAUCUAGAAGUUAUGAGGCAAGUUUUUGGAAGAUGCAGAGAAUACAAGUUGAAAAUGAAUCCCCUGAAAUGCGCUUUCGGAGUUUCUUCUGGGAAGUUUCUAGGAUUCUUGGUCACUGCCGAAGGGAUCAAAGAUGCUCAACUCAGAUACCCGAAAGCUGAAAGAGCAUGCCUGGCAUUAUCUCAUGCAAUGCAGAGGUUCAGACAUUAUUUGUUGUCCAACAGAGUCGUGCUUGUCUCCAAGGCUGAUCCCAAAAAGUUUUUACUCUUAAAACCUGCUUUGAUUGGAAGACCUGCAAAAUGGAUGCUUCAGAUGUCAGAGUUCGACAUAGUGUUCGUUUCUCCCAAAGCGAUCAAAGGUCAAGCGGUAGCAGAUUUACUGGCUGCCUUUCCAGGAGAAGAUUCCACGACAUUACAGGACGAUGUACCAGGUGAAUUUCCAGAAAUUUCAGUCGUCAAGGAAGAAACGUGGCUGAUGUACUUUGAUGGAUCUGCUACUCCUAGCAACGAUACUGGGGGAGCGGGCAUAGUCUUGGUCUCUCCAUCUGGUGAAGCAGGAGCGAUGCAUCUGGAGAUCAGAGGAGAUUCAAAACUGCUAGUCAAUCAAAUGAAUGUGAUAUACUCUCUCAAGGAGAUAACGCUUGCUCCAUUCAGGGCUGAGGCGCAGCGAAUCCUAACUCAUUUCGCUAAUGCGACUAUCACCCAUACUGGCCGGACCAACAAUAGAGAUGUUGAUUGCUUGGAAAACCUCGCCUCCAAGUUGCAAUUCGAAGGGUCGGAGAAAGCUAUAAUAGUGCAAAGACGAGCUGUAUCAUCCACAUGGCUUAGUCAAACUGAAGAUUCUCAAGAAAACGACUGGAGAGCACCUAUUAUUCAUGAACCGAGCAGUUCCGUUACAGAAGGAACAAUCAGCCUUCAAGAGCUAAAGAACUUCUUCUUGAUCCACGAGGCCUUAUACCAUCGCAACCCUGAUGCCUCUCUAUCAUGGUGCCUUGGCGUUGAAGAAGCAAAGGAAAAGCUCGAAAGUGUGCAUCAAGAAGUAUGUGGACAGACGCUGGUGGUAACACUUUACAGAAUACUUCAAAGACUCGGGUAUUACUGGCCCUCCAUGGAAGCACAGUCAAGAACUUUGCAGGGAUCUUGUCCUAAUUGUCAGACGCCUCCUCAUCAUUUAGAGGCCCUGACACUUCAUCACACCGGGGACUGGAGGCAUCCUUACAUUGAAUACCUUCGAGACAAUAAAUCACCACCAGAAAAGAAAGAUAUUAUCAGUCGAACGAUUCAUGAAAACCCACGAUCAUGGCAUGAGCAAUUACCCAUGGAUUUGCGGGCUUAUGGGACUGCACCAAGGAGCUCGAUUGGAACAUCACCGUACUCGCUCGUCUAUGGGGUUGAUGCUAUACUCCCAGCUGAGAUAAAAAUUCCUUCAACAAGGAUUGCAUCGGCCAGUGGAAUACGAUGGGAUGAAGCUGAAGUGUCCAAAUCAAGAGUUGCUAAACUGGACAUGCUCGAAUCGAGGAGAGCUAAACUAGAAAAGUAUGUGGAGGCUUACAAACAGAGAAUAUCUAGAUCUUACAACAAAAUGGGCCGUAUGUUAUCACCAAAGCAGUUUCUAGCGGAUACUAUAAAAUCUUAG